UGGCAUACCAUCGCCACGCUGCCACAACGGGAACUGCUCCUUGUGAAUCGCAUGGCCUCCUUUGCUCUCUUUUUUCUCUCAUCUCUAGCCUCGUGUCAUUUCAUUGUUGUGCUUACUGAUUCCCUCUCUCUUUAUUUAUUUAUUUAUUUAUUUAUUUUUUGGCCUGCUUGCUGGAGUGUGGAGUGUUACUUCGGAGAUUGAAGUUUCUGGGUGAUGGUGAGGAGGAUGGGGCUGAAGCGGUGAACGCAGUCGGUGGUGCGGCGAUGGUGGGAGCGUUGGGGAGGGGAUCGUGUAGCUGGAUCGGCGUUAGGGUUUGAAAUGGGGUGUGAAUGGAGGUGGUAAAGCAGUGGAUGAUGCUGAAGAGGUUGAGGAAGUGGGGGAGGUGUUGUUGUUGUAGUAAUGCGAAAUUGCAGGAGAGGCUGACGGUGAUGAUGUGUUGGUGAUUCGAAUUGUGGGUUUUGGUUUUGGAGAGUGGAGUAGGAGGUGAUUGAGUGUUGAAGGGUUUGGUGGUGGUUGUGUGGAUUGAUCGAGUUUUGGUUUUAGUGGGGGAGAUCUUGUGCUGGAGGAAGGGCUUUGAGAAGAUUUGGGUUGAAGAGAGACAUGGAGGUGCAGGAGCAGGCUGGAGGGUGGAACCCAAUAGUCGUCCUGGCACUCCAUUGUCACAAUGUGCAGAAGUUGGUAAAUGUAUUGCAAAUGCCAAAGCCUCAAUCGCUGCCUACCGUAGCGUCGAUUUCGUCGAGUUUGGGGCAUGAGCAGCCUCUCAAUUCCUUCGUUUCGGCGCUCGUUUCAGUAAAGAAGGGGACGCCGCCAGCUGUUUCGUCACUCCUUCGGCAAGGUAUUUGCAACGACGAUGAUAAAAGUCACUGUUCUUGCAGCUGUAGCAAUUUAGUGGAGCCAUUGGGGAAGCAAUCUAAUCCUACGAAAGCAUUUUUUGGCCUUUCGUUGCCGAAUUCUGGUUUUUUUGGGGGUUUAGAUCGUAAUGAAAGGGCGCAAAUUUCGACCUGUAGUUCUUGUCAUGUUCGUCAAGAUUCCUGGGACUCGGAAAGCAAGUCCGCGGUGCCACUCUCUCUGGGAUUUAGUUUGCAGGGUUUCUCAAUCACAGGUGUCAACAGCAGCAGAGGCAAGAGGGAUGCCACUUCCCGUUGCUGUUGCGUCAAAGAGAAGCUGGACAACAGAAUAGACAGUAAAGACUCGGGGCUCGAAGGAAUCAUCAAUGUCUCCUUGAUGGUAAUGUCUAUGAUGCUUGGGUGCGAUUCCAAACAGGGGGAGAAGCGGAAACACGCCGCCAAUGUGCAUCCCAGCAACGUGUCGAAGUUGACAGGCUGUAAUGUGUCUAAACAGGUCGCGGCGUGUUCAGCGAACGACCAACCACACCAUCCUUUGAUGCAAGUCCCUAUUUUAGGGUUUGUAUUUCAAUACUCAAACGAUAGGCCUGUUUCACAACACUCCGGACCAAAGUGCCUUCGUAAAAGGAACCCUUUAUUCAUGUGUACCUGCGGUCAUCGUGUAGAAGGCCAUGAUUUAUCUUCUAGGAAAACAGCCGAAAGACCUUUUUUAGGGUUCUCGUUAGCAAAUUUUAUGCAAUUUAGGAAGAAGGCAGUUGAAAGUUUAGUUGAUAUUGGGGCUGGAAGGUCGAGGCCUUCGAGAGUAGCGACGUUAGGGUUCGCCAGGCUGCAAGGGGAACCUGGCGGGGACUCAGCUGGUGCUGUUGUUGUGACCGCUGAAGGAAGCGACGAUGUAGUUGAGACGGAGAAUUCGAUUGAGAAAGUGAAAAGUCCAGUAGUCCAAAGUGACAAAGGGAAUAAUUCAGGCUUACAUCCAAUUCAAGUAAAGCUUCCCAACAUGGACGGAUUACGGUCGUCCUUGGCUACCCUCGGCGUGAAGGAGGGAGUGCAGGAACUUGUGGAUCGAGUGUCCAGCAUGACAAGAAGCUCAACAGAUUACCCGGACAAGAAGAAGUUGACAUCAGUGCAGGACUUUUUUAGAUACACGGAAGCCGAAGGCAGAAGGUUAUUCGAUGAGUUAGAUCGCGACAGUGACGGGCAGGUGACUCUUGAAGACCUUGAAGUAGCUAUGAAGAAGCGAAGAUUGCCUCUGCGUUAUGCUAAGGAGUUCCUUCGGCGGACUCGCAAGCACUGGUUCGCAAAGUCAAUCGGUUGGAGCGAAUUUCAUAUGUUGAUGGAGCAAAAGGAGCCACAGAUGCUGCGCGCUUUCACGACACUAAGUUUGAGCAAGUCGGGCACUCUGCAGAAGAAUCAGGUGCUGGUUUCCUUGAGGAAUGCAGGGCUACCUGCAACAGAUGGUAAUGCAGCAGCUAUGAUGAAGUUCUUGAAUGUUGACACAGAGGGCUCGAUUGCUUAUGGUCAAUUUCGGAACUUUAUGCUUUUGCUUCCACCAGAGCGUCUUGGAGAUGAUCCACGGAUGGUGUGGUUCGAAGCAGCGACUGUAGUACCUAUGGCUCCUCCUGUUGACAUUCCAGCUGGUUCAGUUCUGAAGUCUGCUUUAGCUGGAGGAAUGGCAAGUGCUCUCUCUACUUCGAUGCUACACCCGCUUGAUACUGUAAAGACAAGGGUUCAAGCAUCGACCUUGUCAUUUCCAGAGGUGAUUGCGAAGCUACCUCAGAUCGGUGUACGGGGCAUGUAUCGUGGAUCUAUUCCAGCAAUACUAGGUCAAUUUACCAGCCAUGGAAUUCGGACAGGUGUGUUGGAAGCUAGCAAGCUUCUCUUAAAAAACGUUGGACCAGAUCUUUCUGAUCUUCAGGUGCAGUCCUUGUCUUCAUUCACCAGCACCGUGAUUGGGACAGCUGUCCGAAUUCCAUGCGAGGUGUUGAAACAGCGACUGCAAGCUGGUCUGUACAAUAGUGUGGGGGAAGCUAUUGUAGGAACAUAUCAACGAGAUGGCUUGCAAGGCUUCUUCAGAGGAACAGGAGUGACCUUGUGUAGAGAAGUUCCUUUUUACGUUGCUGGCAUGAGUAUCUACGAGGAAGCUAAGAAGGCAGGUUGUCCGAAAGGUUCUGCACAGGGAGCUGCAACCAUGGGAGACAAUUGCCAUAGGUGGUCUCUCUGGAGGCCUUGCAGCUAUCGCAACCACACCCUUUGAUGUAAUGAAGACAAGAACUAUGACUGCAGGUCCAGGCAUGCCAUCCACCAUGGGUGCUAUUAUGGUUGCCAUUGUGAAGGAUGAAGGUCUUUUAGCUCUUUUCAAAGGAGCAAUUCCUCGCUUCUUUUGGAUUGCACCCCUUGGGGCAAUGAAUUUUGCGGGUUAUGAGCUAGCUAAGCGAGCCAUGGAAAACAAGGAUAAAGAAGUGCAAGCUGUUGGAGAACAGGAUAAGUCUAGAUGAGAAUUCCAGAGUGCCUGUGCCCUUUUCUAUGGGAACUUGUAGCGCUCAACAGUUUCAUUUCACAGCAAAUGAUAGAUGAAAUGCUGUACAUAUGUUUGAAAAAUUCACUGGAGUGACGAUCAAAAAGCAAAGAGGACAAUGGGAUGGAAUUCCCAGUUUUACCUUGCAGAUUGCCGAUGGAUGUGGCUUUAGAUUCAAUUCCACUAGAGCAUAUCAAGGCUAUCAAGAUCACGCAGGGAGCCAGUGUCUUAAACCUGAGAACGACAAUUCUUGACUGCAUCCCAUAAUAUUGUCGUUGUCGAGGAGAAAAGUACUUUUGGGUCUGAUUUUGACAAGCAAGAUCCUCAAUUCUGGUGCUGCAUUUCUUGUUUCGGUUCAUAUUUGUGAAGCAAUGUGGCAUCUGGGUCUGUGCGUCUGUCCCUUAAUGAACCCCAGGAUUCAAUUUUCUGAUACUUGUCGACAAUUUGAUGCUUUGCGGUUCUUUUUUAGCAAGUUAUUGUAUCUUCAAACACCUGAGGAUGCAGACGCUACUGAUGGUGAGGAGUGCUCAUGUGGAAUUGUGUGCUCAAGCGAGGCAAACUGGCGAUGUAAGCUCGGUUCAAGGAAUAGUGGCGACGGAUAACUUUCUGACGUUCGCUUUUAAACCUUUCAAUUUUUUUUAUUUUUAUUUUUAUUUUUUUUGUAGGAGUUAGUAUCCAUUUUACAUUACAUUUAUGUGUAGAGUUUUUGCAUAGUAACCUUACUAGCUUAUCAACGUUUUACUACUGCUAAGACGUUUUGCCGAUGUCAAAUGUUACCGAGGGAUCAGGACCUUCCAGCUAGAUUUAGUGUGAAAAUAAGUGGUACUUCUGUUCAGAAUCUCCAUUGAAGAAUGUGGGGUCUAUUUUACCCCUUAAUUGGGAUGUUAUGUAGACGUCUUUGCGAUAAGUAUCAAUCUGAACAUCUCGUAGAUGCUUCCCAGUCACUUGGGUUUUGAUUCU